CCCAAGAUGGCGGCAUGUUAAGAUAACUUUUAGUAGCUCUGCUGACAAAAACUACUAUAACUCAAGUAAACUGUCUGCUUUCAACUGGUUACCUUACGCAUUCGGUGUGUGUUUUAUUAAGGAUGUAAUUGUUGCGUAAAUAUGCCAAAAAGUGCUAAAAAACAUAAAAAACGGGCGAAAAGUAUGAUGGACGUAUCUGUAGAUAUGCAUGACUACGCACUUUCUGCUGUUACUGAUCCCGGUUCUGGACAUACUCUGGAUACUCUUUGCUCAACUCUUCUUCCCGACACUCCAACUAAACCUGCUUCUAAGAAAGGGAAAAUGGAAACUUUGGAAGAUGUGGUCGCGAUGUUAUCAUCUAUUUCAUCACUGAUUAACGAGCGCUCUGAUUCUCUCGAGAAGUUGGUGAGUAACAACGCUAUGAAAAUUGAGGGCCUGAAAAAGACUGUGGACUUUGUCUCUGCUGAAGUCAAAGAUGUGAAAGUGAAAGUUGACCACCUAGCUUCUCGGUUGCAACUCGGGGAGCAGCGAAUUGAGAAGUGUGAAACUCGUUUAGCUGAGCUGGAGAGAUAUUCAAGGCGCUGGAAUUUUCGCCUGAGAGGGGUUCCACAAAAAGAGAAAGAGAACAUCAGGGAUGAAGUCAUCCGCAUAUGUGAGCAAACAUAUCCUGAAGGGAAGGGCACAUUCUUAUUUGCUAUAGACUCAGUUCACAGAUUGGGGAAAAAGCAGAAUCAAAUUGGCAGCAAAUCUGUCCCUCGUGCUGUCAUAGUACAGUUUACCUUACGCAUGAUCAGGGACGCUGUGUGGAAGGCAGCAAAGUCUUCGGCUUAUCUGAAGGACAACGGAAUGCGGUUUAUGGAAGACCUUACUCCACUAGACCGAGAGAAACUAAAGAAGUUGUGGCCUAUGAUAGAAGAAGCACGCGCAGCUGGAAAAGCUGCUUACUACGUGGGUGCACACGCCUUCAUUAAUGGCAUUGAGAUCCAUCUGCCUACGUCUGCUGAGAAAUAA